UCCAUUCAAUCGCCAGUCGCCCAACGGCUCUCUGCCCGAACUUUUGCAAGUGAACUACACAGAAAUUGAAAUGAAAGCUUUCGCGAUUAUUGUAAUUUUAAUCCAAAUGCAUUUCGCAUUAGGCGAGAAUCCAACAUGUGCUUUUUAUGAUUUUAACGAUCCACUAAUUCUAAGCGAAUUCGACGAUUGUACAUUGGCUGGAAGUCAUCCACUCAGGACACUAUCUUACAGUGACUCAACAUUUGCACCAUUUCGUGAAGAUUCCCGGUUUUUCCUAACUACAAACAAAAGUGUUCACUCGGACAUCACUCAGUGCAUAUCAACAAAAAUUCCGUUUCGCGGAAAUUUCAGUUCGUUUUCGUUUCAAAUUGGAAUUAAUAUGCGAAACAAUAAAGACAUUGAUCAGUACAAUGACGUGCAGUUGUUCAUUGAGGACAUAUUGUCAUUCCAAAUCAAUGCCAACACAAACGACUGGACGUUAUACAAAAAGGAUUAUACAUUGCCCAGUUUAGGCUCAUUUGACAAUGCAGUCAUCGGCCUUAAAGUACGCAUUGGUAGCAACAGUGAUCUUGCGGUUGAAUUUUUAAAAUUUUAUGACCGUCAAAUAACAGACGAAAAUUGUGUUCCACAUGAACCGGAAAGUACAACUGUUGUAACAGAAGCCCCAACAAGGGAAACAGAAGCUCCCACAACAGAAGCUCCUACAACAGAAACUCCUACAACAGAAACUCCUACAACAGAAGCCCCUACAACAGAAGCUCCUACAACUGAAGCUCCGUCAACCGAAGCUCCUACAACUGAAGUUUCUACAACUGAAGCUCCUACAACUGAAGCUCCUACAACUGAAGCGCCGACUCCAGAAACAGAAACUCCAACACCGGAAAUAGAACUGCCAGCAUGUUUAAAAAUCGAUUUCAACAAUGCGACGUCGUUGUUUGGUAUAUUCAAAGAAUGCCAUUUACAAUACUUACCCGAAUUGAUCAUAAAAUCUUACGUGGAUACUACAAUAACUCCCUACCGCGACACAUCAUUAUUUUUCUUAUCCAACAAAUGGGAAGGUUAUUCAUGCUUGGAAACUACUUCAAACUUUCCACUGCCUGAAGCCAGUAUCGUUGACAGUGUCAUAUUUCUAAAUGGCGCUUGGCCUGGAGCCUGGAUAGAGUUUUCCGUUACCGACAUUUAUACAGGUGUACGUGAAGUGGUGAAAAGACUUGAAAUUACAAACAAUUGGAUACGGUUGUCUGAGGAAAUUAAAGGAAGCUACAGCAAUGCUCAGUUUAUGAUCAAAACAAACAUGAAUGCUUACAGUCAACUGGCUGUGGAAUACUUUAACAUUCGUAGUGGCUCAUGUUAAACAUUUUAUUUCGGAAAUAUUUCAUCGACUAAACUGCCUGCAGCUUUGCAUGCGUUAUCAACAGGUUUUUUUUAUAUUUUUAUUAAAGACUAAAAUGGAUUGUAAAGAAAUUUUAACUAUCGCCCGUAAACCAUAUCGUAUAAAUAUCGAUUCAGGAAAAUUGAGCAAUAAAUUCAAAAUUUGAUGCUUUCGGCA